AAUCAAAGUUUAUAAAUAUAUCUCACUCUUACAGUGUUGUAAAAGAAGAGAAAAGAAGAGAAAAGAAAAAGGAAAAAAGAAAAAGAAUAGGAAAAGGAAAAGCCGUGACCCAGAAUAUGGCAGUAGCAGCCUUGAAGGUGGUGAUUACUCGGCCGGUGACUUUCGUGACCGGCAACGCUAAGAAACUGGAGGAAGUCCGAGCCAUCAUCGGACAAUCCAUUCCCUUGCGGUCUAUGAAAAUUUAUCUCCCUGAGCUUCAAGGUGAACCAGAUGAGAUCUCCAAGCAAAAAGCUCGUUUGGCCGCUGAAAAGGUGAAAGGUCCUGUUUUAGUAGAGCACACUUGUCUUUGCUACAAUGCCCUCAAGGGUCUUCCAGGGCCAUACGUCAAGUGGCAUCUGGACAAGACUGGUCUUGAAGGUUUGAACAACUUACUGCAUGCCUAUGAGGAUAAAUCAGCUUAUGCAUUGAGUACAUUUUCUUUUGCUCUUGAUGCUGACUCUGAACCUGUAACAUUUAAUGGGAAAACUAUGGGAAAAAUAGUUUCUCCUAGGGGACCCAAGGAUUUUGGAUGGGAUCCAAUUUUUCAACCUGAUGGCUAUGAGCAAACUUUUGCAGAAAUGCCAAAGGAAGAAAAGAACAAAAUUUCUCAUCGAUACAGGGCUCUUUCAUCAGUGAAAGCCUACUUUGCUGAAUCUGAGUUUGUGUUUAAGACUGAUGACUCAAAGGAGAAUGAGCAAAAUGCAUCUGACAAGAGUAAGAAAGAUUCUUUUGUUGAAAAUGAGAAAGGCGACUCCACACCUAACAAUGCAUCUUACAAGAGUAUGUGUUCAUUUGAUUCCAGAAUUACCAUUCCAGAUUCCAGUCAGUUUUUGGCUAUUCUCCCAUCAUUUUCAAGUUAA